CGCAGGACUUCAGUUCGGCCGGCUAUUGGGAGCGCUUCUUCCGCGAGCGAGGCGCGCACGCUUUCGAGUGGUAUGGCGAGUGGGAGGAGCUUCGCGAGCCGUUGGGGAGGUACCUGCGCGUGCGGGAUUCGUUCUGUGAGAUUGGUUAGGAUGAGUGAGAAAGAAGUGUGCGUGACUCAGGGUCAUCCAGAGAAAGGGGAGCCAGCCACAAGUGGGACCUGGAAUUACAGCUCAUUGGCAGACUACAGAGAUCCUUGUUGUUGGGUGUGGCAACUCAGAACUGAGUGAGCAGCUCUACGACGAGGGGUACCAGAAUAUCACCAAUGUAGACAUUAGCGAAAUGGUCAUCAAGCAGAUGGGAGAACGCAGUGUCCACCUACGGCCCAAGAUGAGCUACCUGGUCAUGAAUGUGCUGCAGAUGGAUUUCCCUGACGGGCGCUUCCAGGUAGUGCUAGACAAGGGCACUCUGGAUGCCCUCCUGACUGAUGGAGAAGGGCCCACAGUGGCCAGGGCAGAGCAAAUGUUUGCUGAAAUUGCUCGUGUCCUCCAGUUUGGUGGGCGUUAUCUGUGUGUUUCUUUAGCCCAAGCACACGUAUUGAAGGCAGCCUUGGAAUAUUUCUCCAAGGAAGGCUGGAUGAUUCGAAUACACCAAGCCUCUGAGAAGGAAGCUGCUGCUUCUGAGGGUGAAUUUGCCCUGCCUGUGUUUGUCUACGUUAUGACAAAGAUGAAGCAAGUUCCCAACUCAGCUUCUCUCAUCUUGGAACUGUGUGUGGAAAAACAUGACAAGCCCAUCCGGUUUUCAGCUUUGGAGCAUCUGAUUGAGGCAGUAAAAGAGAGGCAGCAGUAUGCCCUGCUUCGCAGCCAGCUCAACAAGAGUCCUAGCAUGGGGAAUGUCUCCCUGGAUCUCUGCAACAAGGAGACUGGCCAAGUUCGCUACACCUUCCACGUGGUGCACUGCCUGACUGUGAAAGUGUCUCGGGACAACCAGUUUGCUAUCUUCAUCAUUCCACAGGGCAGAGAAACGGAAUGGCUUUUUGGGACUGAGGAAGGACGCAAGCAACUGGCUGCCAGUGCCGGGUUCAGACGCCUGGUCACUGUAGCCUUGCACCGGGAUCAGCACUAUGAAGGUAUGGAAACCAUCCAGGCAGAGCUGUCAGAAAAGGUGAUGGAGCUGGCCCCUCCGGGUCUCCAAGCCCAGCAAAAGGUUCCAUUUCUCUCUGUGGGCGGAGACAUCGGGAUCCGCAGUAUUCAGCAUCGUGGUACGAGCUCCCUCAGUGGAGAGUACAUCAUCGAGGAUGUGAAAGGAGAUGAUGCCCGCUAUUUCCGCCGCCUCAUCUUCCUCAGCAAUAGGAACGUGGUUCAGUCAGAAGCCCGACUUUCAUCCCGGGCACUUUGCAAAGGAAAUAAAAAACCCAGAAAGAAGAAGGCGGCCACUUCCAGUGAUCCCAUGAAGCCUGCUGUGGUGCUUGCCAGCCUGUCCAUCGACAAGAGCUAUCUGUGUUGUGCUCAUCAUAGAGCCAUGGUUGCAGGAUUGUCCCUGCUGAAGAAUCCUGAAUGUCUCCCAGAGGUCCCAAUCCGUGUGCUGGUGAUUGGCCUGGGUGGCGGCAGCUUGCCCCUCUUCAUCCACGACUACUUCUCGCAGUGCACUGUCGAUGUGGUGGAGAUUGACCCCGCCGUUUUGGAAGUGGCCAUGCACUGGUUUGGCUUUUCUCUGGGAGACAGGCUGAAGGUUCACAUUGCAGAUGGCUUAGUCUAUGUCUCCAGCCUAGCAGCCGAAGCUCCCUCCUCUUACGAUGCCAUCAUGUUUGAUGUCGACAGCAAGGACUGUACCUUAGGAAUGAGCUGCCCGCCCCCAGCCUUUGUGGAAAAGUCUUUUCUGCAAGAAGUGAGGGCCUUGCUGAAAAUGGAAGGCAUCUUCAUUCUCAACUUAGUGUGCCGAGAUGUCAAGCUCAAAGAGACUAUUUUAGCAGCUCUUAAAGAGGGGUUCCCUUCACUCUAUGCCCGGCGGAUCGAGGGGGAAGUGAAUGAGAUUCUCUUCUGCCAGCAGCAGUCUGGACACAAAACGCCUCCUUUGGAACUUCAGAAGUCGGCCCAGGUUCUGGAACAAGCCCUGAGGCAACCUGGCUGUUCUUGGGACAGCACUUAUGUCCUUGCGGACAUGCUGGAGGCAGUGCAGCUGGUGUAAGGGAAGAAAGACCUCCCUUCCUGUAUGGCAUCUGGUGUGCGGAGUGGAGCAGCAGUCCAUGGUGGAGUAAGGAUAGGUUGCUCCAUCAUGGUUCUUGUACUGCAUUGUGAUGAGAGGGAUCAGAAUGCCCUUCCUUGGAGGUGACCCAGGAAGACUGUUAGUAAGAAGGAGGUUGCCCCUCAAAGAAACAAUGAAGUGCUUCUUUUGCAAUGCGCUUGCCUGGAAAUUGCGGGGGGUACCUGUCAGGUCCCAGUCUCUGUGUGUGCUCCUUGGUGGGGGACUGGGAAAGGUAGUACCAGCUACUUGGAAACUGUCCCCCUUGCAUUUGAAAUAAAUUUUCUUUGAUCUGUUGUGCAGUGGAUGGUGGGGGUGAUGCAGUGUGAACCAGUCAUGUCAACUAAUGUUUAAUAGACUGUUGAAUGUGGGAAAGAGGAACAUGGUACUUUUUGGUGUAUUGGAGCCACUGGACUGUGAGGUAGGGCAAGUACUGGCAAGUACUAUGAUCCAAAGACUCUCAAUAUUUUUUAAGAGUGUAUAAGAGGUUGUGGGGUGGAGGCCUGAAUUCAUCUUCUGGAUGUACCAUCUUUCCCCACGUCACAAACUCUGAUGUGUUCUUGGUUUGUGUUUUUUUCCAGAGGUCUCUUGGGCUGCUGUUAGGGCUUCUUCAGAAAACAGAGAACUCCAGAGUGCUGUGCUUUUUCAUUCAGCCUUGCUCUGAAUCAUCCCAAUCCAGACGCAAAUGUUCCCUGGGCUGUUAGUAGGUCUCCAACCACAUUACCUCUUGCGUAAUGCCUGCAGCUAAGCCUGACUCAUAAAAACAUGCAGGGAGGAGGGAAAAGAAAGCCAUGAAAGAUGGCCAAAAAGAACAUAACACAAAGUUCAGUGCCUUAGUUUGUGUUGCCCAUUCAUAAACUUAAUCAGGGACUUUUAAAAACAUUGUGCUAUCUACAAAAUCAAUGGCAUGAAUGUACAUUAGACUGCUGCUGUAUAUGUGGAGUCAGACCAAUAUUAUCUGCUGUGUCUGGCACAGGCACUUUUUAAAAGCCAAAGCUCACAUCCUAGCCCUUCUACCAGGAUCCUUGUUAUAGUUUUAACAGCAAGGACAGACCCUUUUAAUAAUCAGGAGGCAAAUUUGGAUCCCACCCCCCUAGUUUUUUUAAAUUGCAAAGUACUUGUGAGAAUAACAGCCAGAUAACCUCUGGGAAGAUAUAUUCCCCUUGCUGUUUCUAAUAUGGUGACUGGUGUGAUGGGAACAUGUUUCACUUAAGAGCAAGACAUACUGUCUUAGAAAUAAUUGACCCCUUCCAUGUGAAAAUCUAUGUAGUCCACCUGCUGAGGAGCUAACAUGCAUAGAGUUAAUGAAUUGUCAUCAUUUCUCUAAUCAGAAUUACAGGCAUCAGCCUAUAGAAUGACCAAUUUAUGUCGCUCCGGUUUUAAUCCUCCUCUUAAUACUUUCACCGUGUUAUUUAUAAGCAUAGUUACCCCCUUCUAAGCCCAUUAACUUCACUUUAUUUAGAAGGAUGUAACUCUGCUUAGGAUAGAACUGCAGAUAUAAGAAUGUGUAUAUAAGCAGAGAUGCUGAAAAAUGAAAGUAUAUCAGUAACAAGUAAUCUAGGUUGUGUUAAAAAUGCCUUUGAUCAGCAUCCUGCCAAUUUAAUUUCUGACCAACUGUGCAGUGUCAUCUCCUCCCCCAACUCUGCCCCACCCAAGACUGGGUGUGAUGUUGCUCCACCAGGAGCUGUGUCAUCUCUGCUUGAUGUCAUUCUCGGGUGAAGCACAGUUCUCGGGUGAAGCACAGUGUAAUGUGGCAUAUUGUGUAUUUUUGUUUUUUUCAGUGUUGUAAUCUUGGAGACGGGUGUGGAUGUUCAGCGUUCAUCUACACUUCGGAGGCAGCCUGGUGAAAGGAGAGCUGUGGCCAGGGCUUCUUUGGUCUUCUGUGCAUGAGGAAUCUGGUAUUGGAUGCAGAAUUCUGCAUUCCUGAGAAGAAUUUCAGCUUUUAUCUAAAGGGGAAAAAAUGGCCAUAGGUUGUGGUUGGAAAAAUUGCAGCCCUUAUUAAUAAAAUAUCACCUAGCUCAGGGGUCAGAGCAUCUGUUCUCUGGAUGGAUCCUUGUUACUCUCCUAAUUUCUUUCAGGCAUACUGGACCCCCUGUGUUUUGCCUCACAUUUUCAUGCCCUCGCAGUACCAAGGUGUUGCAGACAUUCAAAUCCUCAGGCCAGAGUAGGGCUUGGAAGUUCCAGAGCAUUCCACGGACAGAAGGGUUUCCACCCACGGAGCACAACUUCAUCACCUCCCUCUUCCGACUGCAGUACAGAAUGUCCUGAAAUACUGCACUGGCGAGGGAGGGACACACACAAUGAACCCUGUUUCUGAGAGGACAGGCAUACGUGUUCAGCUGGAAAGCAUGCCAACAAACUGCUUAAUGGAACCAGCUUUACUUGAUUGAUGGACACACUCACCUGAGUACCAUCUUAAUGUAUUGAGCAGGUACCAUCUCUCUUGCAAGAAUGCAAGACAUGAGCAGCUGUGACUAUGGGCGUCCUGUGUUACCUGCUAGUGAAUGAGUUCAUCUAAAUGUCUUCUGGUUGUCAUUGUGGGUCAGCAUAGAUAAGAUUGCUGGGAAAUCUGAGUCUGGACCUUCCCAGCAUCUUAAAACCAAUUAGAGCAAUGCUGGUGAGAGGGUCAGUUAACUAAUUACCCUGGCAUAGCUUCACAGAUGGAAAACUUCCCUCUGGUAUUUAAUUCUUUUUAAAAAGAGAGCAAGAUGAAUACCGUUUUGUGUGUGUGUAAAAAGGCUAAUAACAGUUGUGGAUGGAGGUCUCAAUAAGUAAAAGACUGUUGAAGAGGCAGUGGUUAAACUCACUCCCCCAGGCCUAUAGACUGAUCUGGUUUGCACUGGAAACAUAUAUGGUUGUAUUUUGCUUUUAAAUGACUGCUACCUGAUGUUGUGGGCUUCUUUGGAAGAACUUGUCUAAUAUUUAAGCUACUGCAGGAAAAAUGUGUGAAAGUCAUUAAAGCAUAUCCUAGAAUCCUA